CUCAAGUAGCUGCCGUGCGGCGCCAUGAGAGGCUUCUGGACAGCGCUGACGGCGCGGCGUCUCUUCCCCCUGCGGCUUCCUCCGCGGCCGCCGGGACCCCGGCUGUCGAGCGGGCCGGCGGCGGCGGAGGCGGGCGCCCUGGAGCGGGCCAUGGACGAGCUGCUGCGCCGCGCAGUGCCCGCCACGCCGGCCUACGAGCUGCGCGAGAAGACGCCGGCGCCGGCCGAGGGCCAGUGCGCGGACUUCGUGAGCUUCUACGGCGGCCUGGCCGAGGCGGCCGAGCGCGCCGAGCUGCUGAGCCGCCUGGCGCGGGGCUUCGGCGUGGACCACGGCCAGGUGGCCGAGCAGAGCGCCGGCGUGCUCCAGCUGCGCCAGCAGCCGCGGGAGGCGGCCGUGCUGCUGCAGGCCGAGGACCGGCUGCGCUACGCGCUGGUGCCGCGCUACCGCGGCCUCUUCCACCACAUCAGCAAGCUGGACGGCGGCGUGCGCUUCCUGGUGCGGCUGCGGGCCGACCUGCUCGAGGCGCAGGCGCUCAAGCUGGUGGAGGGGCCGCACGUCCGGGAGAUGAACGGAGUGCUGAAGGGCAUGCUCUCAGAGUGGUUCUCUUCGGGGUUCCUGAGCCUGGAACGGGUCACCUGGCACUCGCCGUGUGAGGUCCUGCAGAAAAUCAGCGAGUCUGAGGCCGUGCAUCCUGUGAAAAACUGGAUGGAUAUGAAACGACGCGUCGGGCCUUACAGGCGGUGUUACUUCUUUUCUCACUGUGCGAGCCCCGAGGAGCCCUUGGUCGUGCUGCACGUGGCGCUGACCAACGAGAUCUCCAGCAACAUCCAGGCCAUAGUGAAGGAGUGUCCCCCGUCGGAGACGGAGGAGGGGAGCCAGAUCUCUGCGGCCAUCUUCUACUCCAUCAGCCUGACGCAGCCCGGACUGCAGGGGGUAGAGCUGGGCACCUUCCUCGUCAAGCGAGUGCUCAAGGAGCUGCAGAGAGAGUUUCCUCAUCUCGGGACGUUCUCAAGUCUGUCUCCUAUCCCCGGCUUCACCAAGUGGCUUCUGGGGCUCCUGAACUCACAAGCAAAGGAGCACGGGAGGAGUGAACUGCUCACAGAUUCCGAAUGUAGAGAAAUCUCGGAGAUCCUAGGCGGUCCCGUUAACGAGACCCUCAAGGUCUCGCUCAGCAGCAGCGAGUGGGUGAAGUCCGAGAAGCUGGUCAGGGUGCUGCAGGCCCCCUUGAUGAGGCUCUGUGCCUGGUACUUGUACGGAGAGAAGCACCGGGGCUACGCCCUGAACCCCGUGGCAAACUUCCACCUGCAGAACGGGGCGGUGCUGUGGCGCCUCAACUGGCUGGCCGACACGAGCCUCAAGGGCGUCACCGGCUCCUGCGGCCUGAUGGUCAACUACCGGUACUACCUGGAGGAGACGGCCGCCAACAGCACCAGCUACCUCUGCGCCAAGAACAUCAAGGCUUCCGAGCAGGUGCUCGGCCUUGUGGCCCAGUUUCACAAGAACAGCAAACUUUAAACCUGCCCUCAAGCCAUGUCUCUGACUCAGAAAAGGAUAAUUUUCUGGACGGGUUGGGGGGGGUUGGGGUGGCGGAUUAUGGAUCAAAAGAGGCUUUUUUAGUAAAGCAGAGUUGAAGUGCGCUCUCCUGCCCAGAGCAGGGCCGCACCGGAAGGCUGUGUCCUAACUCCCAUCGCGAGAGAGCGAAGGCGUGGUGCCUGGCGCGCGAUGGGGGCUCCGGUGGACGCGGGGUGGGUGGGUGUGCUCUCCCCAGAAGAGCGGCCUGGCCCGCUGCCAGAGGGGGUGCGGUGGCACCUCCAUCUUUAGAAAGGUCUAGAAUCUCUGCUGGCUGUCGUCCCGCGGUGGACCGGGCAGCCUCGCGAGGACCCCGGCAGGUGGCCCGGGUGAGAGUAGAUUUUCCCUCGAGCUUAGAACGUAAUUCAGCCGUGGUUGUCUUAGCCGAUUCUCUCCACUCGCCGCACAGGGAUAGCGGGCUGUGCUCCAUUUCGCUUAGAUUUGGGAGCUGCUGAAUGUGUGAAAAUGUUCGUGACUGCACACCGUUUGCCGAGAUCGCCGAGCACGCAAGGUGUGGUUGCCUGGGGCUUAAACCGGAUCGGAGACGAAGAUUGCGGUGCUGCAGGCUUCCAGUGAUCCUCGUAGUACAGAACGGUUUUGUUCUGCGAAGCAUUAAAUAGGUGGUUAUUUAAGACGGUGUGUGUGGUCACCUCCGAGAGCCGAGACCUCACGGGCUGGGCGGGUGUGGGUGUCCCGUGAAGGAGAGUGUGAGGACAGAGAGGCAGGGAGGGGCGGCGUCCGGGGUUGUGGGAGGGGUGCGGUGUCCGUGUGUGCGUGUCCUCACUCCUGCAGACGGGUCCCCCAGCCUUCCGUGCCCUUCAUCUUCCAGACCCGACCCCCGGUCCUUGUGCGUCACCUCCCACGUGGGGCUGCUGCCUGAUCAUGAGCGGCGCGACGGUGGUCGCCACUAGAACGUUCUCUCUCCCUGGAUCCUGGGGGCAGCAUUCUGGUGCUGCUCCACUUGGCCCCCAGCUAAUCUAGUGCUUGAGCUCUGGAGCCCCACCAGGCCCGGGGUCCUCGCCCUCGAGGGGCUCGGGGAGAGUUCUUCCAGAGCUGCCUGCCUGAGACCCCAACCCUGCACCCCCGCGUUUCACACCUUCUCGCAUUAUUUAGCCUCCUCUUGCGCAGCUUUUCAAACCAAAUACACGGAAGCGGACAGGAUAGCCUAAUGACCCACGUGCCUGUCACCCGGCUCCUGCCACAGCCAGGGGUGGUUUUUUCUUGUCAAGCCUCUUGUCAUGACUCCUCUCCGGCGCUUCGUAAGAUGGGCCGGCUGGCCGGCCGGGCGGAUGUGGGUGGUGCGGUGCUCUGAGCGUUGUACCCCCCCAGAUUCCUACCUCGAACCCUCCCCGCCAAAGGUGAUGGUAUUAGGAGGUGGGGAUCAGUGCCCUUAACAAGCAGCCCCACGGAGCCCCCGGCCCCUCCUACCAUGUGAGGUCAGAAGACGGCCCUCCCGCAGCCGUGCUAGCACCCUGACCUUGGAUCUCCAGCCUCCCCUCGGUCGGUGAUCUUUUGUCACAGCAGCCCAGACGGCCUGCGAUGGAUGGACGCGGGUGGGUGGGUGUCCUGUCUCCGGGCGUCAGUCCAAGUCACCGAAGGGAGGGAGCCGGGCCGCCUCGUGGUGCCGCGCUGGGCCGACGCUCACCUCACACCUUGUGUGCUACGGUCUGUUCAACCCCACGGCCCCCAGGAGGGCAGAGGCGGUCUGUUCAACCCCACGGCCCCCAGGAGGGCAGAGGCGGCUCAAAUGGCCCGGCUCACCGCUCCCUGUGAGGGACGACCAGACCGCCCAGGUGUACAUAUGUCAUCCUUUGCAAAAUAGCCCCGCAGCGGUGGGUUCGGAGGGCUGCAGCAGGUCACUGGAUCCCCGCGUCGUGAAUUUACGUCCCGCUGGUCACCGCCCACCGCCCAGGUGACGUCGUUACGCGGGGGACGCGGGUGUAGGUGCUGUCUCCCGGACCUGGGCUCCAGCACGCUUGCUCUCAGGGAACCCUGGACAGCCCCUCGGACCACAGUGUCUUCCCCUGCGAAGUGCCCACAGAGGGGACAGACUCACAGCAGGUGCUCAGUACGUGACUGUCCUUGGGUUCCAUAGCGCGCCAGGUUCAGGCCUGAAGCUGUGCUCCGCGCCCCCCAACCAUAGAGCCUGCUCUCCCUCCGUGUCCCCCACCUUCCCCUUCAGACCCCAUCCGAGGAGAGGCUCUGCUCCCCUCCCCCUGAACCGCUGGUCGGAGCUCCGAUACCUUCGUCUCGCUGCUUGGGGGUCUGUGCUUCAGACACCUCCCCACCUCCCCCUCCCCUGUCUCUCUCCACAAGGGGUUUGCCACAGGCUCGGUCCUCAGGUCUGCUAGAGGUAGGGUUAAUUCUGAUUCGGGGAUGCUGACGGUCUUGGGACCGACCCGCUCACACUUGCUCGUGGCCCCAUCCUGUUCUGAAAGGCAGUGCGUGGCCUCACUUUCCUCGGUCUCCCCAUCUGUACACGGGGGAGCCACAGCACACGGGUACGUCAGGGCUGCUGAGAAGCCCGGAGGAGGGGACCACCAUCAUGCUCACCUGGGUAUAGGUUCCGGAUCCUGUCAUCCCCUUAUCUGGAAAUUAGAAUGACGGUUUUCUGGCUUCUGUUGACAAUUUCUAGAGGUGACCAAGUGGCGUAAUUUGUUCCCCGGGGAAGAAGAGGCGGGAACUUCCAAGGCCAGGGAGUCACUGAUGCCUGCUUGCUCUUUCUCCCCCUCUCCACCACCCCUCUCUCUCCCCUUCCUCCUGCCCUCCCUCCCUCUGUCCUCUCUCAGGGCCGGACCUCCACUGCCCUCUGGAUCAAGAGCCACUAAGGGCUUGCACAGCUCUGCCCUCCCUCCGGCAUCCAUCCGGGGGCAUUACACCCCAGCAAGGGGGAGUGCUUUCUCCUUACUCUGUAUGUGGCUCGAAAGGGUGGGGGAGGAAUCUCCUAACAUUUUUGCAAGGAUCAGCUCAUUCUGGGCUUUGUUUGAAAUGGAGCAUUAGCCAUAUUUGAGAUUUAAAUGGAGGGAAUGUCUCUCAGAUUUUUAAUUGGAUUCUAAAGCCCUCGUGGGAAUAUGAAGUCCAUUUUGAUCUGUUAGAAUGGACAGCUGCCCCAUGGCUUCCAUUCACCACAGUUUCCGCAUUAUUUGCAAUUAGCAAAAUUGACGGAGGGGAUCCCAGGUCUCCUUCCUGCCUUUGUUUUUUGUUUCCAGAUGCAUUCGCGUGUCUCAUGUCGUUAAUUUCUGAGCAUCCAGGAAAGGAGCAAGAAAUAGAAUUUAUCUCCGCUCCGGGCCCCACGUUCUCCUGACCUCCCGACCGUGAAGCCUGAGGGAGUGUCUCUCAUUUACAGGCAAGGAAACUGAGGCUCCGGGAGGGCUGAGCAGCUGGUGAGGGAGGAGCAGGGAGGCCCAGGGCCUGGCCAGGGCCCGAGUCUGCCUCCCCACCUCACUGACCCACCUACAGAGAGGAGACACCCAGCCACCUGGCAGGAGUGACAGGGGACAGAGUCGGAAAGGCAGCCGGGGCCGGCAGGGUGACGAGGACAAGGAAUGUCAGGACACUGAGGUUCUGGCAAAGAAGGAUGGGUCCCGGGCAGGACUCUCCCAAAGUGUAAAUCAUUUACAUGAUUUACAUUGUUCGGUUUUGUGACCUAUCUAUCCAGCUGCAAACCAGCGGGUAAGGCGGGUGCUGCCGUGGGCCGGCCGCCCAUCCCAGGGAAUCCCGAGGGGGCCGGACAAACCAGAAGCAGAGCUCCGGGCUGGGUUCCACCAACACAGUUGCUGAGCAAGAGAAGCCAGUCACUCAGGAGAUGAGGGAUGCGUUUCGGGUGCCAGCAGUGUGGGGUGGGGGGGUGGGAGG